UGCCUGGCUGGUUGAUUGGCUGACGGGAUGGAUGACUGUUCAAUAGCUGGCUGACUAAACCUGCAGUGUGGAUGCCUCAGUGCCUGGAUAAAUAGCUCUACAACUACCUGAUCUCCUAAGCUACAGACUGUUCAUGUAUCUACCUGAUUUCCGUUGCUACUGGUCUCUGAUCAUUGCUUUCUACCUUCCUCGUGCGCUUUCGAAGGUACCGUCGCAUCUGCCCUCCCGUGUGGAUUGUUUACUAGCAUCCGCGCUGACAGUUCAGCCAACCCCGCCGCGCCGACUACAAGCUGCCGUCUGACCCGGUUGUGAGCGCGCUGCUCACCGCGCAGUGCCGCAGUUGUAUUUGUACGAGUGGCGAACUCACACCCACAUCGUGGCUGACUCCAGCACAAUCACGUCGGACCUGGACUCUACUCUCAGCAGGUGUGAUGUCGGGAAUCCCGGACUCCACGGCUCCUUGGACCUCAUCAACUCUUCCAAUACAAACACCAUGAACUGGUUUGCCCGUAUUGUGGUACAUCACCCAUACAUGAUCCUCAUGGCGGUCGCAGUGUUAGCUGGAACCUGCCUGAUCAUCCCCCUAACCACGAAGAAGCCACCCGACUUUUCUGACCCUCAGAUGGGCUUUGAGUCAAGGGGCACCAUAUUGGCACAGAGAUUGACAGCCUGGAGUAACCUUCUGGAUGCAACAGACCCCUCUGGUAAACUCACCGUUGACCCCAGGAAGAUCCCCACACAUAUUAAAGUACCUCAGUAUAACACAUCACAGAAUGCUAUAUCAAAGCACUAUAAAAUAGAGGAUAAACGCACGACUUUUACCCACAAAAUGAAAACACAAGAUAAUGAGCUGCCAGAAGCAAUGAGCCCAGUUGGGAUUGAGGUGAACAGCAUUCCAGGUGGAAAGAACAAUAUUGUAACUUGGAAGUUCUCUUUGAAUACUUCAGAGGUAUUUCAAGGGUCAAAGAACAACACUAAUGCUGAUGCAGAUGCACUACGACGGCUUGGGGAAUUUGAGGCUUCUGGAGUGGACCACUUGGAUCAUCAUUAUGGCCAUGAACAUCUCUCAAAUGAUGGUUUCUUCUGCUCAUCACCAAGUGCUGACUACUCGCGAGUUGUCUUUCGUGCCACCGACGGCGGAGACUUGUUCACACUGAAUUCCAUACUCUCUAUGUGCCAUGUUGAGGCCCAACUGAUGGCAAGCAAGCAAUUCCACAGUAUCUGUCAAUACAUCUCACAAGGAAAGUGCUGCCGCAGUUGGUCUCUCGGAAACUACGUCGCGCUCUUGCAUAACCGGACAUCCUGCUUUGGAGUCACUAGUGAAGAUGUGACUGCUACAAAGGCACUGCUGAAAAUGUGUUCGCCCUUUUACCACAAUCUAAAACUGACGCCAGAUUGCCAAGAGAAUGACUAUUGGUUCUGCCAGCAGGUGCCAAAACAGUGCAGCCUACAUAAUGCAGUUUACAACAUACUCUACUAUCUAGUUGAUAUCAACUUUCUGCCUCCAAAUGGAAGCAGUCAGAACAACAGUCUGGUAAACACCAUGCUCAUCCUACCAAUUGCAUGCAGCUCUGCAAUUCUAGAGUACUACCACACACUUGAUCUGCGCUCCCUGCGCCAUGGGAAUGUUGAGGUGGUUGCCAUGGAGUUUGGACUGAAGAACACGUUGUUUGAUGAGUAUUUGGUGCGAGACACUUGGAUGAUUGGAGUUGGAGGCAUGUUUGUGGUUGUCUGCAUGUGGCUGUACACCGGUUCUCUGUUUGUCACCAUCAUGACAGUCAUCGCAAUCGCCUUCUCACUGGGGAUCUCGUACUUCAUGUACACUCUUGUGUUCGAGCUGAAUUUCUUUCCCUUUAUGAAUCUCCUGGCAUCCAUUGUAGCAGUCGGCAUUGGAGCAGACGAUGCCUUCAUCUUUUGCAAGGUGUGGCAGUGUUCUAAAGCUGAGAAGAAUAAUGGAACUUUGGUGAAGCUGGUACAUGACACUCUAAGACAUGCGACACUGUCCAUGUUUGUCACUUCACUCACGACUGCAGCAGCAUUCUAUGCGUCCUACAUCAGCUCUGUGACUGCCAUUUGUUGCUUCAGUGUGUUUGCUGGUACUGCUACUCUUGCAAACUUUGCACUGAUGGUGACAUGGCUGCCGGCAGCUGUAGUAGUGUCUGAACGGUGGAGCUGCCCACCAGUGGCACCAACUCAGUGGGUUGCAUUGGAUAGCAAGUUGCGGCCUGCCCGCGUAGUUGCCGACCGGGCCCGUGCACUGCUGGACAAGAUUCUUGUGUUUGCUGUCAUCAGACUUCCUUAUUUAUGGCUGUGUCUCCUUGGUGGUUUGGCACUUGCAAGCGUAGGAAUCGUGUUCUACUAUCCACGCCUCAGGCUGCCAGAUUCCAAGAACUUCCAGCUAUUUGAUAGUCAGCAUCCUUUUGAGCUUUAUGAUGUAGUCUACAGGGACAGCUUUUGGUUUGAACGGCUUAAGAAGGGUGACAGUGAAGACAGUAUGAAUGCCAAGUUGCCACUUAGAUUUGUUUGGGGCAUCAUGCCAGUUGAUAAUGGCGACUACUUAGAUCCUGGAGCACGCGGAACCCUAAUAUAUGAUGAUACAUUUGACGUGGCAGCUCCAGAAUCCCAACGAUGGCUGCUACGUUUCUGUCAUCAUCUCAGAAUGCAAAGUUUCUAUCAGCCAAUGCUGGGCCCUCUGUUACCAAACUGCUUCAUCACAUCCUUCAAAUCAUGGAUGCAGCGAAGAUGCAAAGAUCCUGUUGAUCAUAUUGACAGGACUCCUUGCUGUGAGAACUCAACAUUCCCUUAUGAGCGCCAGGUCUUUGAGAUGUGCAUAGUGCAAGCCAUAGGGCACCUGUAUGAAACCCCUUCAUACUUAAUACCGGGUACAGCUGGACUUAAAUUCUCUCGAGAGGAACAUCCUAAAAUUCGUGCACUUGUUGUUGAAUACGAUAGCAAUCACUCUUUCUCACUUUCAUUUUCAGACAUGGAUAACUUUUUCCAACAAGUUGAGUUGUGGGCACGUAAAGAACUUUCAGAAGCCCCGCCUGGCAUGAGAAAUGGCUGGUUUGUAAGUGACCUUGAAUUCUAUGACCUGCAGCUCACAUUGUCACGAGGUACUCUUAUAGCCAUUGGUGUUUCUAUGGGCAUUGCUCUUGUUGUAUUGCUACUUGUCACACUGAAUAUCCUCAUUAGCAUAUAUGCCAUCAUCACAAUAUCGUGCAUCAUCUUUGUGACAGUUGCAGUACUUGUAUUACUUGGAUGGAAAUUAAAUGUCCUUGAAUCCAUUGCUGUGUCAGUAGCCAUUGGUCUAGCUGUUGACUUCAGUCUACACUAUGGAGUUCACUAUCGGAUGUGUCCAGAUGGUGAGGACAGGGAAUCGUCCGUGACAUAUGCUGUCUCCCGUAUGGGAGGUCCGACUGCCAUGGCAGCCCUGACAACAGCUGCAGCUGGUGCGUUCAUGCUUCCAUCUGCAGUGCUUGCUUACAUCCAGAUUGGAGUCUUCUUGAUUACUGUGAUGGCUGUCAGCUGGAUAUACUCCACCUUUUUCCUAGGAUCUCUGCUUCGAGUUGGAGGACCACAGCAUGGAUUUGGACAAUUUUCAUAUCCACGCCUCAACCAAAAUUGCUGCGGUAAACGAAAUGGAAGCAAUGAAGAUUCAAGUGGUGUUUAUCAUGCUGACAAGACAGUUUAUACCAAUGUCCUCUCUGAGUCAACAUUGUCUACAUCUAGUACAGUCUGUGCUUUACAUCCAAGUGCAAGUGAGAGUCACGAACUAGAAGCCUUAAGUGGAAGACAUAAGAGCAGCUUUAGUCGAAGGCUCCGUCGGUCUGGCAGUCUCUCGACAAAUUUACCAUCCUCAGCUUCUGUACCGCUUGCACAUUGUAUUGCUACUCGUAAAGUUUCUUUACCUGUUGACCAAUCACCUUCUGCAGCAAGCGCUACAACAAUUGUCUUGGUGGAUGAUGGAGACGUAGAUUUACGCCCCAGUAUAGUGGAUGCAACAGAAGAGCCCCUCAUGAAGCAUUAGCAUUCACACAAUCUCAGUUUAUUUUGUACUGUAUGUAUUAGGACAAAAUUGGAAAGUAAUAUUUUGUCAUUGUGUUAGUAUGGCUAGACUUUUCUAUCAUAUUGAUCAUUCAUUAUUGAAAAAUAAUCAACAUUAUCUGCAGUUCCCCACCCCCAGAUGUAGCUGUUACUAUCUUACAUUAAUCACAAGAGGGAAGAUUUUUUACGUAACCUGAAGUAUGUACGAACGUACUACUGAAAGUGUUUGUUUUGUAACAUGGCCAGUAUAGAGAUAACAAAAGGAGACAGUCGAGUCUCUCCCUUCCGCUUGUCUCCGAACGCUGACAGGAAUGUCAGUGUUUGCUGUGGUCAGGAAUAGUGUGGAAUGUUUUGCCUGACUUGUUUCAGUGGUGGAAUUUUUAACUCGGACAUUUACAAAAUUAUGUUCCAUCUGUCUGUUUUUGAAGUAGAAUUAGAACUCAAAUUGAGUUUAUAUACUCCACAUUUGUACACUCUGAAUAGUGCUGUUAUAUUUUUAAUGAAUUAUUACAAAUUUGCAAGGUUUUUAGUGCAAGUUUUUUACAUCAGUUGCUACUGUGUAUAAAUAUUAGUGAUGAAUUAGAUGAUGACAAUGAAACAGCUUUUGGUGAUUCAAUGAAUAACCUCAUUCAUAUAUACCUGGAAAAACUAGUUGAAUUAAAGCUUGUAUAUAUUUAUUUGAACUGAGCAAAUUUGGCUCUGUAAGUUAUGUAUGAUUGUAAUAGUUCUGCCACUUUGAGUGGGGGGGGGCAGCAUCCUUUCCAAAGAGGGCACAGUUCCAUUUAGUGCUGAGAUGUGAACUGCAUGGAGUCAUAGCUCCAUGAUUUCUGUAUUUGAUCAAGAUGCUUAGAUACAGAGGCAUCUAUCUUUUAUCUUUUACAUUUGUUAAUUCUUGUAACUAUAAACCAAAUGGACAGAUGCCAAUAUUUAUUUAUUUCAAUUAAGUUUUCUGGAGUUAUUUUAAAACUAGCCAUUAUGCAGGGUAACAAGAUGCAUUCCACUGAAUAAGAAUUAUGUUAAAAUAUUUCAUUAUAUUUUAUAUUAUGAUACUCAGUGAAAUAUCAAAUAGAAAUCAGGUUUGCACCUUAAUAGCUGCUUUGAAAAAUACCACACUCAUCUAAGAUCACAAACUUUCAUAUCAGCAAUAGGGCUGGUGCUAUAUCCAUAACAGUUAGUUCACCAAUUCAAAACAAAAUUUAAUUUAAUGAAAAUUAGUAACUUUUUGAAAGAAACAAUAAGACAAGACAGAAAUAUUAAGCCUCUACCCAUUUUAAGAGCACAAAUGCACACAAGAGCAACAGUUGUUACUAUUUACU